CUUAGCAACCUAUUCUUGCAAUGCAUUUCCAACCAUACAUUGCUUUUUUUAUUCUUUUUGAACAAUUUUUAUAUUCAUCUGAUCGUUCAUCACUGACCCAGACAGAAAUCCUGAUACCGGAAGAAUUAGAAUUCAGUGAUGUUGAAGAGAUCAACUUGGGUCCAGUUAUCCUGAUGGUAUUUCUAUUGGCAGUUGCCAUCGACUGGACAGUUGGCCGUUACCGGACACACCCCUACAGGAGGAGGAUCGGUUGGGCCCAUCUAGUAACAUUCAUGAUCUUCAUGGCCAUUAUUUAUACCCAUCAUGCAUCACUGGAGUUCAAUGAAGAAGGCCCAGUAUAUGAGAAUGAUGGUGAUGAGGAGAACUUCCUAUUCUAUCUGUUUGUUCUCCUGGUAUUUAUCUGUGGACUGGCCAGUGACUGGUGUUUCAGUUGCAGCACUAAGAAGCCAGAGCUUCCCAAUGAAAUUGCUACAGACACUGAAGGAGAAGCGCCAAACUCCUUGAAAAGAGUGACUGAGAAUCUUUUAGAUGCAGAAAGCACAGAGAUCUCAGUGGAUGUGGAAUCUACUACUGACUGCAUAGGCCCGAUCACUGCUGUCUCAUUAGAGACUGAGUAUCUGCCAACAGACUCGGAUACAAGACCAGGCAGUGUCAAUCUAUUAGAGACUGAGUAUCCAUCGGAAGAGUUGGAUACAGCAACAAGCAGAGAUGAUUCUGCAGAUGAGUUUGAGUCGGCUCAAAGUACAGAAAGUGCCAGUAUCUACACUACCCCGACUCUCCCACAAUCCCUUACUCCUGCUCAUCCCGCCCAGAAGGAGGCGCUGGCAGAGAGAGCAGAGACUGGCAGUGUAGAUGCCUCUCAGGAGCUUCCGGACUCUGUCCGUCAGACCUCUCCCAUCUCUCUUGAUGAUUUUGAAUUCAAAAGAUGGCUUGGGAGCGGAUCCUUCGGACAGGUCUUCCAGGCAGAACAAAAGAACACAGGGAAGAUGCUCGCCAUUAAACGCAUUAACAAGAUUGAGUCGUCUGAAAAUGAUAUGAUCGAAAAGGUUUUACUGGAGAGAGACAUAUUAAGGAUAGCGAGGGACUCGAGAAACCCUUUCCUUGUGAACCUAUUCUGCGCUUUCCAGAGCGAGCAUCAAGUCUACUUAGCGAUGGAAUUCGUUGGCGGAGGCACCUUACAGUACCAUCUGAAAUAUGGUGCACUCCCCCAUUCCAAAACUUUGUUCUAUUCUGCAUGCAUUGUCCAAGGGAUCAAGUUCUUACACGACCACGGAAUUGUCCACCGAGAUUUAAAGCCUGACAAUAUUGUUCUGGACAGUGCUGGAUAUGCCAAAGUUACAGAUUUUGGACUGUGCAAAACAGGAAUUGACUGCACAUCUGAAAUGACCGGCCGAUAUGGAAAUUCAUUUUACUGUGCACCUGAAAUUCUCAAAGAAGAAUCUUAUAACAGAACCGUGGAUUGGUGGUCUUUAGGUGUCAUUAUCUAUGAGAUGGCUGUUGGGGAGAUGCCAUUUGAUGGUGAUGAUGAGGAUGAGCUGUGUGACGCAAUCAUUAAUACAGAACCAGACUAUCCAACCCUCCUGAAUGGCAAAACCGCUUUAAUAAUAAGAAAACUCCUGUACAAAAACCCCAAAUUCCGCCUGGGAUCGGCUAGAAACGAUGGGGAAGAAGUGCAGAAUUUCUGUUACUUUGAGACAAUAGACUGGAAAGCGCUGACGGACAAGCGGUUAAAGGCGCCAUUCCAGCCCGGCAACAAUUUUGGCGUCAGUAAGCGACGUGGUGGUCGUGUUACAACUCCCUUAUAUUUCAUCCACCCAACUGACCCAACUGUGCAAGCAGCAUUCAGCACAUUUGAUGAGUUGCCAGUAGACAUCCCAUAAAAUGAUACAAUUCUAUAGAAGUAGAAGAUAUGCACUUGUAGGUGCCGGAGAGAAGAUGCAGGGCUAUCUCGCUUCUGCUCAGUGUGUAUAGAAA